GCCGAGCGGAACGGCCUCUGGUGACAUUUUCUCCGGGCGGCGCGGACGAGUGAAGGGACUUGGUGGCGGAGGCUGCGGCGGCGCCGCGCUUCGCUCUGGGCCAGGUAGGGCUCUCUGACCGCGACCCCUCUGCUCGCCGCCGCAGGAGAAGGCGGCGGCGGCCGUCGCGUCCCGACCCGAGCGCCCGCGGCUGGGGGAGUCGUGCCCCGGAGGUCGUGCGUGCCCCGACGGGGCGCGCGGAGCGGGCGAGAGGAGGCGCAGGAGCCGGCGCGGAGCGCAGGUUGCUUUCCUGCUGCCUCUUUGAUAUAGCUUCCUAGACUCUACUCCAUGAUUUAACUUGAAAGUCUGAAAUGAAGAUGGAGGAGGCCGUGGGAAAAGUGGAAGAACUCAUUGAAUCCGAGGUCCCACCAAAAGCAUCUGAACAAGAGACAGUUAAGGAGGAAGAUGGACCUGUCGAACUGGAGGCUCAGGUGCAGAAAGAUGGUGUAGUGGAUUCUUCGGUCCUUUCUUCAAUGCCCUGCUUGCUAAUGGAACUGAGGAGGGACUCCUCCGAGUCCCAGCUGGCGUCCACGGAGAGUGACAAGCCCACGGCUGGCCAGGUCUACGAGAGUGACUCCUCUAACCACUGCAUGCUUUCCCCUUCCUCUAGCGGCCACUUGGCCGAUUCGGAUACAUUGUCUUCUGCCGAAGAGAAUGAGCCCUCCCAGGUGGAAACUACCGUAGAAGGAGACCCCUCUGGGGGGUCUGGCACCACGGUGGGGCGGAAGUCUCGGCGGUCCCGAUCGGAGAGCGAAACAUCCACUAUGGCAGCCAAGAAGAACAGGCAAUCCAGCGACAAGCAGAAUGGGCGUGUCCCCAAGGUGAAAGGUCAUCGGAGCCAGAAGCACAAGGAGCGUAUCCGGCUACUGAGGCAGAAACGGGAGGCCGCCGCACGGAAGAAGUACAACCUGUUGCAGGACAGUAGUACCAGUGACAGUGACCUGACAUGUGACUCAAGCACGAGCUCGUCAGAUGAUGAAGAAGAGGUUUCAGGGAGCAGCAAGACAAUCACUGCAGAGAUACCAGAUGGACCUCCAGUGGUAGCUCAUUAUGAUAUGUCUGACACCAGCUCUGACCCAGAAGUGGUAAAUGUGGACAAUUUAUUGGCGGCUGCAGUAGUUCAAGAGCACAGUAAUUGUGUAGGCGGCCAGGACGCAGGAGGUACCUGGAGGACCUGCGGGCUUCUAGAGGAGCUGAAGGCGGAGGCAGGUCAUUUGGAUCCAGGAUUCCUAGCAAGUGACAAAACCUCCGCUGGCAACGCACCUCUCAACGAAGAGAUCAAUAUUGCUUCUUCCGAUAGUGAAGUGGAGAUUGUGGGCGUUCAGGAACACGCACGGUGCGUCCAUCCCCGCGGAGGGGUGAUCCAGAGCGUCUCAUCCUGGAAGCACGGCUCCGGCACGUACGGGAGCGGCCGGCAAGCACAGUCAUGGACUGCGGUCACCCCGCCGCAGACGUGGGCCUCGCCCGCCGAGGUCGUCGACCUGACCUUGGAUGAGGACAGCAGACGUAAAUACCUGCUGUAAAACCACUGUGUGUCCUCUGCACUGUACUCCACCCCCCACCCCCGCCCUCGCCCCCCCUCCUCUUCGUGACAUGGAAGUUCAUUGUCAUAGAGCUUCAGCCUCAGAAGCUGUUUGUGGCAUUUGUAUCAUCGAUAACUCAUGGAAAAUCCCCUCUUCCCAGUUUUUGUUUGUUCGUUUGUUUGGGGGUUUUUGUUUGUUUGUUUGUUUGUUUUUUUAACUAAAAGAAGUCCUUUAGGAAAAUAACUUAUCACAGAGAAAUGUUCUUGUUUUCCUCAGUAGGACUAUGAGAAUGGUCACUUCUAUUAGGCAACUUCAUUUUACUUGGUCACUUUGAAGCUCCGGAAACUCUGCCUCCCUUUUAGAAUACUUUACCCACCAGGUAAAAUGAACUUCGGUUUUUGAACCUUGUAUUUAUUUUUUCUGUGUUAUAACAUUAAUAUCUAGACUUGACCACUGUCAGCCCACCCAUUGGCACUCCCACUGUAGGGCAUUUGCACACACAUUAGUUAGGUCCUUACGGACAUCGAGUAGGGCAUGUGCAUUUGAAAACCUGUCCUUAAAAAUAGGAGACAGAAGUCUUACUGUUUCUUCAAGCUUAAGCCUUCUGCCUUCUUUCCAGACUUCGCUCCUGGCUGGCUUCCUAUGGCACGGAUAACUGGCGUGUCCCUUUGUGUGUCUAAAUAUACCGCUGAGGGGACUUUGUCGGUCUCCUUGUUGCAAUAAUUCCUGGCUGUUUGGAAAAUGUCUCUGCCUCAAUACCCACCAAUAAGGUUUCUGGGCAGUCUGAAGAGAUCGAUAGGAAACCCUUUUCUCCAUCACCUGUAUGCUGUCCUGGUUGAUUCAAAUCAUGGGAGAACAUUAUGAUGAGGCUGGUUGGCCAAAGGCGCUGGGCGCUGGUAAAUCUGAAAGCAGAAGGCCUCUUUCCGCAGCCGGCCUAUCCCUUGAGGACUUACGGCUCCUCAUUGCUUGGGUCGCAGUUCACCUGAGGCUCCGAGUGGGUGUUUCCCCCACUCUGCCUUCUAAAAGUGGCACACUUUGAAAUGGACCACAAGAAACCAGGUGCACAACACAUAAGGAGCCCUGUGGGCUUGGGGGUCGCUGAAAGGGAGGGCAAUAGGAGCUUCGGGGAAUUCAGGAAAGGCCAGCGGUGGCGUUAGCUGCUACCUUCCCCCUAAUACCACCUUACAGUCACUAGUGGAUUGUUUUCCAAGCAGUACCUAGAGUUUGAGCACUAUGUGUUGUGCACCAGGGAUGAAGCGAGAGCAGCUUAGCAGACCUCGCUUUUGGUGGCACUAAGGGGUUUUUUGCAUCGUCAUCUUUGUUUUUGUCUCCAUUUCUACCAGACCAUGUUAGUCUCAUCCUCUGCCUCCUACCCACUCCCCCCCACCUCUGCUCCCCCCCCCCCAUACUCUGCUAGUGCUUCCUUCCCAGGACAAUGCAAGAACUGCCUUUUUGUUUGUUUGUUUGUUUGGCUUUCAUCUGGUGGACACACAUUUAACCAAGUGCCUGUUCUGCAUCAGGCACCGUGCGGGGUGAGCGCCGCGGUGGGGCCGCCGGGAUGGAUGGGACACCCCCAGCGCGCGUCAGCCUCCGCCGGCCUGGCCUUCUCUUUCCCUCCUGGCCCUCUGUCCUCCUGCUUCUGUUCUCGCUGCCCGAGACCUCUUCUCCCACGGGGGUGCUUUUAAGCUUGUGUUCUCUGAGCUUCUCUCUGAGCAUCUCAUCUGAUCUGGCCUCUUGUUCUUGAUUUUUUUUUUUUCCCCCAACUUUCCCUCUUUCUGUCCAUCUACUUUUAAUAGAUCGGGCUUUCAAAAGCUCCUCAGUCUCCCGUUUUAGCACCUCCAAGAGCAAGUGUCACAUGGCCACGAUCCUAGACACAAACCAAAGACCCAAGGCUGAGUCCCCAUUGGGUGCCGCCUUGGGCCUUCACCUCUCCUUUAGGAUUAAUUUAUUGACUCUCACUGUUACACGUUGUUUUUGACUUGAAUGAACAUAGUAGACGAAGCAGAAAUGUACAAUUUCUGGUCGAUGUUUUCCAGGAAAAACAUUAGGAAAUGAAUAGUGAACUUUAUGACUUGAAGUGUUUGCAGCUUACUUUUUCUGCUGCCCUUCCCCCCCUCGAUGUCAGGGCGGAGCACCCCCAUCAGGAAUGUCCUAGCAUUCCCGGGUCUUCAGUGAGCAGUAUGUUUUGUCCAGCCCCCGUACAGCAAGUGUUUUCCCAGGGCAGAUUCUUGAGCUUCUGUAAGUCCACCUUGCUCGAGAAUUCUUUGGGGGUGUGGUGUGUCCUGUGGGGCGGGAGCAGGGUAGAGUAAUCAAGCUCUUUCCUGACCUUCCGCUUCUACAGCAGGUCAUGCCGCGCCUCACCUGUCCACGUUCUCCUCUCCCCAACCACCCGAAGCACCGAAGCCCACAUUUAGAAAUGGGGGUGCCUCUCUCCCCGUGAGGUCAGAGCUCUCCCACCUACUUGCGUCCACUCUCCCUUCCUUGCUAGACUCAGGAGAGUGGGCAUCGUGUUGCUGACAGGAAAAAUUAUAAAAGUCCGGUGAUAAACAACUCCUGUGACAUUCGAAAUUAUCUGCUAAAGGGAUAAUUCGUUUUCUUUAAAAAAAAAAAAAAAAAAGUCCGUGGACGUUUUGUACUUGGUAGCAUGAGCUCUGCUUUGCGGGACAUUUGUGGUAAGAUCUCUGCCAAGUCCCGACUGCCCAUGGCACUGAUGUGCUAUCUGCCUCUCCCCCCAGGAGCCCCAGUAGCUGCUUGAACCCCGUCAGGGCCCCAUCCAUAGCACGCAGGGCUGCUGUCCGCCGGUCAGCAUUUUAUGUGGAUCAAAGGGGCAGGCUGAAAAGACUCCCAUUUCCCUUUAUAAAUUGAGCAUCCAUCAACUCAGCUAUUCUCAUGAUCAGUUGUGAAUAUGGACUGUCUGAUUUGCUAAUUUAGUCUGUUGUUACCUUUAGCAGAUUAGCCUUGUAGGGAACUUAAACAUGAAUUUGUUGCCUGCUUUUUAUACUAUGUCACAAGGUUUUGAAAAAAAAAAAAAGCUGGGGACACAAUUUUGUCUUUCAGUCUAAACAAAACAAAACAGAAAGUUUGUUUGUUUGUUUUUUCAAGCCAAGAGCCCGAAUCCCUGUUUUCCAGUCUGUGUAUGAUGUGACUUCCAUGUAUCUAGAACAUGAUUGCGCCCAACCAAACUUCCUCAGAUUGUGCACUGUUUGUUUAAAAUAAUCACGUAUUUUAGUCCAAUGCUGUUGUAUUUUUUUUCCAUUUUAUUUAAAACACUACGAACUUCUUAUUCUUUUAACAAAUUUUAAAAGGUAGUGAUCUUAAAAAAGAAAAAAAAGAAAAAAAUCACUGGAUAACUAGGAAAUAUUUUUGUGGUCUUGUUUUUUAAUGAGCACGAAGGUCAUUUGAAGCCUUUGGCUCCUCUUACCGUGAAAAUGAAAUGGUGGCCAUUGUAUGGCCAGGAACCAAUGCACUUGGUAGCUCGCAGAUGUGCCGUUGCAGGAGUGAGCGGUGAGGAGCGCCUCCCGCAGCCACCACAGGUCUUUGCUUAGACGUAAUGUUUGACAAUGUGCAACUCUAGUUUUCAGAAUGAAAUUUGGUUCUGCUUUACAUUCAUUAUAGUUUUUUUUUUUGUUUUGUUUCCAUUUAGUAUUUAAUGGUCUUUGGAGAAAAAAAAUAAUAAAACAGAGUGUUAUAUAUAUAUUUUUUGGUGCAAGAUAAGAUUUUCUGUUUUUUGAAAUAAGUCUGUAGCAUAAAGGUUAAACUAUUUUAAGACAAAAUAAAAUAGAGUGUAUUUAAACAAUGAU